UUGUCAACAGAUCCAGGCAAUGCAGAGUUACAAAAUUAGAGAAAAGAACGGCUAUGUCUGACAAAGAAGUUAUACAUUCAGAUGACUGUAGUGAUGUAGAGUCAACAACAAAAUCGAUAUUUUCCAGUGGUUUUAUUCCACAAGAUGCAGGUGACUCUUUUAAUAGUGAUUGUGGUGUAGGUGACACCAAGGAUAUCAAUAGUAUUACCACAGAGAGAUCAAGAGACACGGGUUCAAGCACAUAUACAACUGGUAACGCUGGCAUAAUGUCUGAUGUUGAAAGUCCGUCGGCAAUUACAACAACGACCAAGGAUGACAAUGUAUAUGAAACUAUGACUGUGAGUUCCAACAACAGCAGUAUCAACAAGAGCAUUUACAACCCAAGUGAUAACACUGCCCCACAAAAUAACAUUCACAAAGUUGCUGCUCCUAACAGCAGCAGUAUCACUGUCACAACUGGUCACAACAACGUCACACCCAGGACAGAGAUUCCUAACCCACAAACAAAUGCUCCCUAUAUGGACAUGAACCCGAGUCCAACAACCGAUGCUCCCUAUGAAAACUUGCACCCCAAGGAUGACGGGGUUGUAAAGGGCAAUACAGAGAAAGUGUAUGAGGAUGUGUACCCCGGGGGUCUGGUGACAGAUAAUAUACAGUCCAGUGGUGGAGUGGUAUUUAAAGAACCAUCAGAAAUACAGGGUGCAAGUACAUAUUCUGAGGGCAGUGAGGGGAGUGGAGAGAAAACCGAAGAACCUCCAACGAAGUGGACAACGAGACAGAAGCUUACGGUGCUCACAUUUGCCCUGGCAAACCUCGGUGCUACUUGCUGCUUCUCUUUGCUAGCCCCGUUCUUCCCAGAUGAGGCAGCAAAGAAAGGCUCCACCAAGACCACCACAGGGUUAAUAUUUGGGUGUUUUGAGUUGGUCAUAUUCAUAUCAUCUCCUAUCUUUGGUGCUCUAUUGACGCGGAUAGGUUCACGUUUUAUGUACUGUGCAGGGAUCAUGGUGGCCGGGUGCUGUGCUAUUUUAUUUGGUUUUUUAGAUGGUAGUCCCCCUGGCUCUGUGUAUGUGGGCAUGUGCUUUGCGGUUAGAAUCGUGGAGGCUCUAGGAUGCUCCCUGUAUAUAGUGGCCAGCUGGGCCAUUAUAGCCCAUACAUUCCCUAAUGAAGUAUCCAUGUUAAUGGGCACUUUAGAAACCUUCAGCGGCAUUGGAAUGAUGGCGGGACCAGCCUUGGGUGGCGCCCUCUAUUCACUUGGUGGAUUUAGGCUGCCAUUUUUUGUGAUGGGUUCGUUGGUGAUCUUGAUUGGACUUAUGUCUGCUGCCCUACUUCCACCUCAGGAUGAUGCACCAACGGAGAGGAAAAAUAUGCUACAAUUGUUCAAAGCACCCUCUAUAAUUCUGUCCUUGAUCUUAAUAACGGUUGCUGCAUUUGGCUUAGGCUACAUGGAUCCUACCUUGUCACAGCACCUUGAAAAGCUGGAUCCUUCACUGAAGGACAAGUACUGGCUUAUAGGCAUCAUGUUUCUGAUCGCCCCAGGCAUGUAUGCAUUUACAGCCCCGCUGUGGGGAUACUUGGCUGAUAAAACGAAACGGACUAAGACAAUGAUGAUAAUAGGGAUGAUUGUUGGUGGCACUGGGUUUAUAUUGAUGGGGCCUUGGCAACCAAUUCAAAACCUCUUUCCAAAUCAAAAAGCACCACUGUGGAUCGCCAUAGUAGGGCUCACAGUGAUGGGGCUGGGUGUAGGCGGAGCCCUCAUCCCAGUCUUCACUGACCUGUUUGAAGAAGCCAGUUAUCUUGGUUUUCCUGAGACAUUUGAGACACAAGGGAUGAUCUCUGGAAUAACUAGCUCUGCAUUUUCAUUGGGGGCAUUUUUGGGACCCACAAUUGGAGGUUUGCUAACAGAGCGUCUGCCGUUUGAAAUGGCAGCAGCUAUAGUGGGGGGCUGCAGCUUCACUGUGGCACUGCUGUACUUGGUGUACAUCAUAAUCUUUUAUUGCGUGAUGGGAGGAAGAAAGAAGGACCAGGUAGGCACAGAAGAGGAGAGACAGAGCCUGCUGCCCCCCGAACCUGUUGUCAAAUACAACCCUGGUGCCGUUAAUGCAGAAGGCAGCCUUCAUGUGUAGUAAAUUGAUAAUAUAAUUAUUUGAUUUUAAAACCAAGGAUAGUUCUUCAAUUUUAUUUUUGCAGUCAGACCUCCAUUAUAUACAUGGGAUUUCUGUUUUUAUAGAAAAGACUAGUCCAUACUCAUAUUCAACUUUUAUAAAGGUAUGUAUGAUCUUAGCUUUGUGUAUCUAAGCAAGGCUGACAGUCUUGUUCUACCUCUUUUGGGAUAAUUUAAUCCUUAUUGUAAAAAAAAAAAAUCCACCUCAACCUAAAUCUUGUCUUAGGUUUAAAACUUAUUAAUCUCUGUAAUUUUCAGUUUUGAAGCUUUUCUUUUAUCAUUUGAACCUCCUACACAAAUUCAAGAAAUUGUAUUUUUCAAGAUGAGUUCAUGCAUUCUCUGAUUUAUAAAUUUUUGUCAGUUUGUCAUAUUUGCCUUAAUUAUUGCAUUGAAUUUCAUAAUAUAAUUUCACUAUUAGAAGGAAUUUGUGGCAUAAAAAGUGGAAGAAAACAAAGGGGUUGUUUGGAUAGCUUAUGAAAAGAGACAAUGCAAUAUUGUUUCUGACUUCAAAGCUAUAUUUUUGCGUUUCCAUUUCUUUUAAAUUAUACAUUUUUGUUGAAAAAUCGUGCCAUAUAUCAGAAGUCUGUGUCACAAUUCUGCUUAUUCCCAAUUUGUAUUAAUAUCACGCUAGAGUGAUUAGCAUUUAUUACAAUAUUGCCUUGUAUGCUUUCCUUUUAUUUUUAUUACUUUUAAGUUUUGGACAUUGAAUUAUUAUAAAUAUGUUAUCUGACAUAGUCAGACUGAGUCAUCUGCCCCAUGAAUUAGAUUUUUUUUCAUUGUGUUCAGAAUUCCAAUUCACAAUUAUUUUGUUACAUUUUAUGCAAUUAUUAGAUUACAUUUGACUUACCAGUAUAUUUCAUUGUUUGUUAAAUGAAAUCAGUUUUGCCUACUAUGAUCUGUGUAGUAUUAUAU